CCCUGGGUUCUUGACCCUGUUGCUGCUGGAGCUUCUGGUUUCCGGUUAAAGGCUUGUUUGGAGCUUGUGGGUUUGAGGCCUAGUGUUAUUAGAGGAAAUGGGUCCGAGAUUAUUGCUCUUUCAAAGGCUUCUGUUGGAGCCACUAAGGGUGUAGAUAGCUCUCAUGAGUCAAUGGAUGCAAUGGAAGCAGCAAAGACCUUGGCUCAAUCAAGUGGUGCCAUAAUCGCAGUAUCAGGGGCUGUUGAUAUCAUUACAUAUGGCCACCAAGUUGUUGGUACUCAUAAUGGAGUUCCCAUGAUGCAAAAGAUCACAGCAACAGGAUGUGCUGUCACUGCCCUCAUUGCUGCAUUUGUUGCUGUCGAUCCGUUGCAUGCUUUAGAAGCAACAGCUUCAGCAUUGUCCAUAUUUGGUAUUGCUGGAGAGAUGGGAAUGGACAUGGCCAACGGUCCAGCUUCACUGCGAAUGCACUUUAUCGAUUCCCUGUAUAAUCUUGAUCAAGCUUCUGUAUCUUCUCGUUUAAAGAUUACCAGCCUGUGAAUUGUGAUGGCGCUGGAGGAGCUCUAUAUAUGAAGAUGGUAUGUCGGAUUUUGAGCUUUUUAUAGUGAUCAUAGAGAAUUGAUCGAUCUUUACUACUUUAGCCACAAUACAUCUUUUGUAUCAGGCAAUAAUCUGACCACUUAUUCACAGUUUUCUAGAAAAAAUGAGCUUCUGCAUCUUGUGUAGAUUCUAAAAUGUUGGCUGGGACUGUUUGUCCGCUUCCCCUCCCUUUGGGGGAGAGGGAUGCUAAUUUUCUGUUUAAAACUUAUACUGCGACGAUCCUAAUCUCUGGUUUGCUGCAAUUGCUCAUAAAGGAAUUAUUAAAUUAUUGAGAAAAUAA